UCAUCAGCAUCAUCAGCAUCAUCAACGAUCAGCUCUGUGCUUGCGCUUGCGCAAAGGCACAGCGCAUCCCGCUCCCCUACCGAUUCUCCCAUAUUCAUCCCGAAGAACGCGUCUGCUCCAAGCAAGAUGGCCUUCAAGACCUUCUUCAAGAAGUUCAUGAAGACUUCUGCUCAGGUGAGCAUAUCACCGUACCCAUACCAUAAUGACAUGUACUAACAUACGCAUAGGCCACCAGCGUGAUUGCGGCCAACAAGGUCGUAGAAUCAAACGAUGAGUUCGGAGCUCCGGCAUGGCUGCGCCUUAGCCACCGCACGCCAGCUGUCAGUAAAGAGACGAACCAUGUGGCUGCUCAAGGAGACAUGGUGGUUCCUCAUACUGCUUCCCGAACGGCGCCUACCAGUCUGAAACAAAAGCUCAACUCUCCCUGGUCCAGGCAAAAGCACCAGCACCAGACUCCUGUCACGGACAUCUUGAGAAGCCUUGCAAGAUCAAACCCUGUCAUCCAUACAUCAGGAGCCAAGGUGACUGGAACACAUGAACAAUGCGAUAGUGAGAUGCCAUCAGAGCCCACCACAUCGGGUAAGUCCAGUCCAACAAAACUUCUUCACGCAUCCACUGACUUACGUGAAGCAACCCACAAUGACUCUGACUGGCAGCUGGUGCCACCUCCGGUGGCAUCGCUCCAAUUGACCUCUGCUUUGACUGCGAAUAACGGCCAAGAGCUGUGUGCACCCUUCCCAAGCCCCAUCAUUGGCAUGGUAGUGGAAGAUGCUGAGAACACUUGUACAAGUCUGGUCCUGGCAAGCAACAUGCAUCGAAGCAUUACACAGCUCGCCCAAUGCCCACAACGAUCGACAGAAACAAUUGACGUGAUCAACCCAGUGAGCCCGAACUUGACAAGCAACGCCUUGUCACUCUUCUUCGGAUCUGGCGUGACAGUGGAUCACCACCGCGAGCAGGCUCUUAACAACCUCGUGUACCCGAGCCAGGAGACUACCGAAGACACACAACAGGAUCGAUUGGGAGCCUCUGUGUCCGGCUGGGUAGUCGUCCCAUACCUUUCUCCACAGUUUGAUGAGGUGGUUGAAGUGGAUGUGCCGCAAGCAGGUUUCAUCGAACCUGAAGAAGUGGACGAUAAUGAUUCCCCAGAUUCUUCGUACAUACAUUCCCGACCUCGAAGCAACUCCUUGAGAAUCCAUUCGGACUCGACAGCGGCAACUUCGGCUGACAUAUUCACUUCCGCUGCGGAGCAUGAGGAGUUGCAACCAUCGCUUGUCUACGUACAUGCACAUGUACAGCCGGCAGAGCACGAGGCCGACAACUGCAACGAAGAAGGCGGAUCUGAACAAUUCCGUGAAGAACUGGAACAUCAACAAUCGUUGAACCAAGGUCUGCGGUCUCAGCUCCUCGAGCGAGAAGACGAUGUUGCGAGGCUUCAAGAAGAGCUCAGCAACGUCCGAGUAGAGCGUGACCGCUAUGAGGCAGAGCAGGAUAUUGCUGAUGCUGAAGUCCGGAAAUUGAGGCAAGAGCUUGCGAACAAAGACAAGCAGCUUGCAGCUGAGAAAGCCAGGAAUGCCUCAGCGACUCAACAAGUGCAGGCAUUCCGCAACAGACAUGGUCUUACGGACCAACAGCUCAUCUCCCAGCGGGAUGAAGCUCAUCUCGCCGCACAGAGGUAUUUCACCGAAGCGCGACGUCUCCAAGGAAUUGUCGAUGCGAUCAGUGUUGCGAGGGAGACGCUGGAGCAAGAUGUUCGCAACUGCGAGCAGAGAGAAGCUGUGCUACAGCAGCAUAUCGCCGACUUCAGUGAGGAAGUGAGUGCUAGGUUCGAGCAAGCGAACGACACGAUCUCAGGCCUCGAGCAACAGAACAACCACCUGCUGCAGCAAAAGGAACGUGCCGAGGCUCAGGUAAAGGCCGUCAAUAGAGCCAUUACCCUUGAAUAUGUCAAGGACCCUUCGCCACCAUUCAACGCUCGAACUAUCAAACCAAAUGAGGUUCGGGAUCUGACGCAGGCUCUGGAACUGACCCAGAAGCACUGCGCCGACUUGAAAGAACAGAUGGAUGACAUGCUUCAAGAGUCUGUGAAGAAGGACGCGGAGAUUGCUCAGCUGCGUACCGAUAUUGACCUGGCAAAGAACAGAGCCGCAAGACUCUCUGCAACUAUUGAAAUCUGGCGCAACCACAUCGCGAACUGGAUCGAAACAGUGCCAGUAUUUGCACAAAUGAAGGAGGAUGUCGAAGCGGUCCCAGGUCUGAAGGAACAACUUGACGAGGUUGCUCUCCAUGAACACCUGGUUGGCAAAGCACUCAAAGACAGUGCGGAAGAAGUGUCCAAUCUUGAAUUAAAGCUUACAAAAGUCGAGUGGCGCCACAGCCGAGAGCUUGAGAACGCGCACAAGCGCAUUGCAGAGUUGCAAGAAAGCAAUAUCCGCCUUGAUGGAGAGAAUUUCAAACUCAACACGCGAUUUGAAGGAAUAGAUGUACUUCAGCGUCAACUUGAGGAGAAGACGACUGAGGCCAAAGAAUGGCGAAAGCAGGCCGAGCAUCAGACAUACGGUGACACGGCCACGAUCAUUCGCAAUGAGCACCUGGAAGAAGUUGAAAACUGGUCGAAUCAGGUCAAGGCUCUCAAUGACAGAAUUUGGGAAUGGUCACAGGCGUAUGACAACGUCGCGAGUGAUCUGAAUUUGCUCCAAUGGCAGACGGCCAGGACCAUGGGUGAUGUUCGCGAGCUUGAUGCCGAGCGGGAUUGGUACAAGGCUUAUGUGAUUGCCUUGAAAGAUCGCUUCGAGGUCGAGUUGCUCGCCAACCCACUCAACAUCCCAUGGAAGUCUGACUUCUCGCUGCUUAACAUGAAGAGUCAUAUCGAGUUGGUCGCUCGUGAGGAUAUGAUCAUCAACGAGUUGACAGGUUUCGACUUGGGAAGAAGCGAAGAACUCGUGCAGGCUGCCGUAAAGGAUGCCAAGAAGGCUGCUGAAGAGGGUCCUCGUGGGAUUGCUGCCACUGACAUAUGGGCCGAAUUCGUUGCAGAAUUUGCUGAACGCCAGAAGGCGAAGGCUGCGCAACAGGUGAACGGUGGUGGAAAUGAGCGGAUCGUGGACAGUAAGGGCAACUCGAUCAUGUUUUGAGGAAGAAGUCUAAUAGUCAUGAUCGAUGGAAGGUUAUCGAGGAGGACUUGAGUUCUUGGUGAAAAGCAUGGUGAAAGAUUUGGAGUACUGUUGUCUGAGAGUCCUUGCAUCGGGCCUCGUAUGAGUGGGUGCAUUUUGUCCUUUGGAUUGUCUUGGAGGUCGGAAAAAGGCUUGGAUUUAAAGUUGGACAUCAGGUUUCAGGCUAACAGCAAGGAUUGGAGCCAGGAGAUGUAGUUCGGCUACCCACAAGAAGUGUUUGAGGUACAGUACUAUCACAAUGUCAAGCAAUCAAAAGUCCUCACUUGAACCUCACCUCGUUGAAGUCGUCACGGUCAAGUAAAGCAGCAAUGGUAACAACCUCAAUCGGGUAUGUUGUCUU